AUGAGAACCGUUCGACAAACGGGGUUCAAUGACCCAAUAGGGCAAGCUCGAGGUUACGAUCCCCGCAGACCCAUCGACACAGAUCCUCAAAGAGAAGACCUGAGGAUCCCAGGCGAAACCGAAACGUUGCAGAAUUAUAUCAAAAGAAACGAUGCCGAGCUCAAAAGAAGACACGACAUCGUGCAUAUGGCAAUGAGCUCUGCCCCAGACAUAGAUAUGGUCAUCGAGGAGACAAGGAGGACUCCAUUCACGAACCGAAUCGCUAGCGUAAGGCUACACCAUGUGGGAAAACUGAAAUUCCCCAAGUAUGCUGGGAACACAGACCCAAAGGCUCACGUACGAGCCUUCCGACUAGCGAUAUCAAGAGCACACUUCAACGACGAUGAAAAAGAGGCUGGCUAUUGCCGCUUCUUUGCCGAAAAUCUCACAGGAGCCGCUCUCGAAUGGGUCACCGAGGCAGACCUCUGGAAUCUCAAGCAAGCACCUUUCGAGCCGUUAAGACCAUACAUAAACAAGUUCAGACAAAUCAAGGCCAAAAUAUCGCAUCCAAACGAGGUCGUGGCCCUGGCAACAUUAAAGAACGGCGUCUGGUUCUCAUCCAAAUUCAGGGAGGAAAUGGCAGUGCGAGCACCAAUCUCGUUGGACGACGCCCUACACCGAGCCUCCUACUUCACAACCCACAAAGAGGAGGUCACAGCCUUAAUGGAACAAUACAGCACGAACAAGAAUAACGCCGCCAAAAAGAAUAAUUCUCCUAAAGAACCAGCAACUAAAGGGCAACACUCCUAUGUGAUAAACAAUUCGCCGCAAAACAAAUCGUCAACGUACGAUCUCAACAAAUACUGUGCCUUCCAUGACCGUAAAGGUCAUUCAACCGAGGAAUGUCGAGCGGCACUUUGCAGUCAAAACGAAAAUAAAAGACCAGCGAAGAUACCGGAGACGAAGAGGAAGAACCAGCAACUCCGAAAGCCAAUAAAAAAACUAAAGGCUCUUCGAAUAAAAGGAGCAGGGAAACCGAGCCAGAGUCACCUAGCUCUCCACCCCCAGCCCCAAAGAAAAUAA